AUGGUCUCGACCAACUCUCCAACACCUACACCUGGUCUGUUGGCAGGAGGCAUACCAAGUCAUCUGCGCUAUGAUGACGUCGUUGCCAACUUGUGCUCAUCGUUCAACGACAUGUUCCAAGACCUGUCACCUCUCCAGACUGUAAAGUUCAUCGGAUAUAUAUAUAGUGUUCUGAAGAAUCAGUAUCCUUUGCAGUUGAACAACAUGUCAUUCUCAUCCAACUCGUCUGUGAUGGGCAUGUCCAUGUUGGCCCCGCCCGCUCCACCUCAACAAGGGUUCGCAUCGGCAGCCACUACUGCCGCCAACAACAACUCAAUCAAAGCGUCGAGCAUCAAUAUCAAUAUAAAUAGCACUACUUCCAACAGCACCAGCUCUAGUAUAACAUCAACAUCAACGACCGAGUCUUCUUCCUCAGUCUCCUCCAAACAUCAGCACGUCUCCGAGUCUGGUGUACUUACACUUGAGAUUGACAAUGGACUCCAGAUGAAGCUGCCGUCGCAGCUGCCUCCAGCCUCGUUGCCGACCAAUCAUCAACCAUUCCCUCUGCUCAAGUCCAGCUCGAGCCAGACAAUGACGGCGGGCAGCAGCAGCAGCAGCACGGGCAAAGAUACCAAGACAAAGUCCAAGUCGAAGCAGAAGAAGAGAAAAUCAUCGAAGAAGUCGAGAGGCCAGAUCGUCUCCAUCAACAAUGAGUUCAUCAUCAAUCGCAAGUCGCCUCUAGCAGCCGUCGACAUUAAUAUGGUUGUAUCAGAGGGAAUACUUGGUCUACUGAAUGAUAUUGACAAACAAAAGCUUUCCAAGCUGUUGCCAAUGGGCACUGGCAUUGAUGGUGUGUUCAAGAACAAGUUCUUCCUCGACUCGCUGGCAAUGUACAGUUCCUAUCUGCCAUUGGGCGCCUUUGAGGAGUACGACGUGACGUCCAUGACUAGUGAUGCACACGUCAACUCGCUCACCAACACACCAUCGUUGUCAUCGACUACACCAACUGCCGUUGUUACACCAGUGGUAACUCCACCAACAACAGUAACUGUGGCAGUGGCGGCGACAUCCACGACCACCACUACCAUAUCUUCUUCUUCAUCUACAUCAUCGACAUGUUCAACUAGUCUUGCAACAUCGCAACAGGGUACACCACCGACACAGAUACCAACGCCAACAUCAACACCCAUAACAGUAUGCGUCCAAAGUAGA